UAAAAAUAAUUGCGAUGAUCACCCAAAAUUAUGUAAUGGGAUGCAUAAUUAUUGUGAUAUAUUCCACACAUAUACAAGCAUCUGUCAGGAGAACGGCGGAAGAGGGAGUUUCUAACUACAAUUGCUUUCGAUUGAAUUCGUGUGACUCUCACGGGCAACCGGUGUGUGGUUACGAUGAAGAAGACGCGACCAUUGCAAAGUUUGAGAACGAGUGUGCACUGUUCAAGGUCAACUGCGAAGAGAGAGGACAAAAGUUAUUUAAAAUAGUCGACGAUAGUAUCUGCGAGAAGAAGGUAGUCCCGGUGACUACAAUUCCAACAACCAUUACCUCUCCCACGAUCGAUUACUAUUACGAUCUUCGUCCGGACACCGAGCCAGACAGUAGCACACACUACUGGCAAGAUUCUCUUAUGCUGGGCCAACGUGUCACGCCAGGAUAUAACGAGGAAGGGAGAGUGUUACGAGAGGAAACUGAAAAAUAUUAUUUUCCAGAUUUGAUGACUUUAGUUAUGCGCUACUAAUCUUAGCAAAUAAAUAUUAUCCACUAUAAUGU